GUGGCAAAGAGAGAAUGUCAUGAAGAGAUCAUAGCCAGCAUGGUAGCAGCAUGCAGGCCUCGACGAGCACAAAGAGCCUAUGGCUGAGGAUGGUGGCGGACCGAGAGCAAGACGAGCAUGUGCGCUUGUUGGAGGAUGGCCCGAGUGAAGCCGAAGCCCACAGCAGCUCUUCCUUCUUGCUCAUUACUCGCUAAGUCUCGCUUAGCCCGCUCUCCAUUCACGACGAUGGACAGGCCGCUAGGGCCUCGUUCACAGCCAGACAAGACGCGGACGGCUGCAUACGAGUCGAUAUUUGGUCGACCUAGCGUCUCUCACCACCAUCAGCAGCCUCCCCCAGCCCCCUCUAGCCACUACCAGCAUCACCCGUUUCCACAAGGGAAUGGUCAAGCAUAUACUCAGCCAUAUGCAAAUGCUCAGCUCGAUCGGAGGACGUCGCAUACGUCCGUGCGAGCCCCGUCGAUAAACUACACUCAGCAGGCCACCUACCGACAGCCAGCUUAUCCUGGAUACGCUCAGUCACAGUACGGGAGCCUUGCUCCUCCACAGGUUACCGGCAGAGCGCGGUCUAUAGGUCCAACGGUUGGAACGAUACGCCCGGCGCCAGAGGAACCGCCAGACCCUGGUCUUGAAGCUUUGCAGCGUACAGGGUUGACACCUGCACAAGCGUAUCAGGCACAGAUAUACAUGAAUAACCCGAUGCACCAGCAGGCGUCAUCUUCGCAGUAUGUUCCAACUCUAAAUUCUACUCCAGAGCGACGUUCUCUUCCCGUCCAGUCGAGUGAUCCCACUCUACCCCGUCUCGGUGUCAACAUCGACACCGAUGGAAAGCUUGAUAUUGACUUUGAUGGCCACCUCCCUGAGGAUGGCUAUUAUCAUGAUUCCUCUUUGAUUCAACCGCAUCCACAAGAAUCCCAGGCUAGCAGCAUCCGGUCACGUCUAUCUGGCGCGUCCAACUUCUCGCCGAUCAUGGAACAUCAGGCUACAAGCACCGCUCAUCCUCCCCCUUCCUCUCGCUCAUACCCCUUGCAGCUCGAUACGGUAGCAGCAUCUGCGCAGGCCGCCAGUGCGCUUAGCAUCUCACCUGUGUCUUCCACUAUGGUCGAGACAAAUUCCGGAGCCUCUUCAUCAUCUAUCGUACCCGGCCGUCGAUCGUCAGAAUCCUCGAAAACGCUUCCUGGCCCUCAGACACUUAGACGAGAUCGUGGAGCGCAGGAUCGCUCUCGGUCAAUGUCUGCUACUAUCACGCCUCAAUUUAGAGCUAUGUUGGAGGGUGGCCGAAGUCCCAGACCUCCUGUGCCAUCCGUUCCACCAGGACGCGACUCAUUACGACCCCAACGAAGAGGCCCCCUUGUCUACCCCGCACUUCUCUCACGCGUUGCUCAAGCAUUCAAAGAACGAAUACAGCUGUCAGAUAGGGUGAAGGAUGGCCUUACAUACCACGAUGCGUUUGACGGACGAGAAGCGGUCGAUACAAUAGCAUAUAUAAUCAAGACCACGGAUCGAAACCUCGCGUUGCUUUACGGACGUGCGCUGGACGCCCAAAAAUUCUUCCACGCGGUCACGUACGACCAUCGUUUACGUGACAGCGCGAAUGACUUGUACCAAUUCCGAACGAAACUUCCUAGUCCUUUCGUGAGUGGCGAACUGGCCACUCCUGAUGAAGACUCUACCAAUAAGGAGAGUCCUACGCCUUCAGCAGAGUCUGAGUCUGAGAAGAAGGAUGGCUCUAGGUCGACGUCUCCUUCACCUCCUGAGUCAGUCAAGACGCCAGGACAUCAACGGCAGGAAUCUCUUUCAGACGAUGUGCCUCUACCUUCCGGUGUCUUCACUCUGCUCACGGAUUGCUAUUCGCCAACAUGUUCAAGAGACCAACUAUGUUACUCGAUCGCGUGUCCCCGGCGAUUAGAGCAGCAGGCUCGUCUAAACAUGAAGCCUCAGCCGGGGUUGAAGAGACAGAUCAGCCGAGAAAGUUUGGGUGACAUCGUUGAAACCGGCACUCUCUGGAUCCAUUCCGUGCCGCAAGAGGUUGUCAACAGUGUCUCGGAUGCGGAGAAGAAACGACAAGAGGCAAUCAAUGAAGUCAUUUACACCGAACGAGACUUUGUACGCGAUAUGGAAUAUUUGCGUGAUCUCUGGAUCAAGCCUCUGAAAGACUCGGACAUCAUACCCGCAGAACGACGGACGGACUUCCUGGAACAAGUCUUUUGGAAUGUGCAUGAUAUCAUCGCAGUCAAUACUCGACUUCGUGACGCGCUGAACAAGCGACAAAAGUCCUAUGCUGUCGUUGAGCAGAUUGCUGAUAUCUUCCUGGAUGUCGUACCUCAUUUUGGUCCAUUUGUCUCGUAUGGAGCUCAUCAGCUCUAUGGAAAAUACGAGUUUGAGAAGGAGAAGGGCUCGAAUCCAGCCUUUGCGCAGUUUGUCGAGGAAACUGAACGGAGACCAGAGUCGCGCAAACUUGAGCUGAACGGUUAUCUAACGAAGCCGACUACUCGAUUAGCUCGUUAUCCUUUACUUCUUGAAGCUGUUCUCAAGCAUACGCCUCAAGAUAACCCAGAUAAGGCUGUCAUUCCGAAAGUAGUUGUGAUGGUUCGCGAGUUCUUGAAGGCUGUCAACGCUGAGACCGGCAAAGCGGAGAACAGGUUUAACCUGCUACAACUCGAUCAGCAACUUGUCUUCCGCCCUGGCGAGAAUUUCACUUUCAAGGAUCUUCGACUUCGGGAAGAAGGCCGUGAACUCGUCUACAAGGGUGCUCUCAAGAAACGAGGUAACGCUCAGGGUGAUCACGCCGACAUCCAAGUCUUCCUCUUCGAUCAUGCCCUCCUGAUGGUCAAGCAGAAGACGAAAGCGGAACAGUACAAAGUCUACCGUCGUCCCAUCCCACUCGAACUCCUCUUUGUCUCCGCCCCAGACGAGUUUCCGACGAAUAAACCUAGGCAGAACAAGGCUUUGCUCAAGAACCUGCCGCACGCGCCGGUGAUUACUGUCAAAGAAGCCAAAGGCGGUUUCUCGAUUACGUUUGUGCAUUUGGGAAGGAAUUAUUACCAGCAGACGCUUUGGGCGGGCACGUAUGUGAGUCAGAGGAAGUGGGUGGAGCAUAUUACGCGGCAGCAGGAGAUCAUGCGCGAGCGUAGUGCCGUCUUUGAGACAGUUGUCCUCAGUGAGGGGUUCUUCGUUGGUGCCGUUAGGGUGAAUUGUGCGGCCCCUUACAGCCAAGGGAGGCGGAUAGUUUAUGGCACAGAUGACGGCAUAUACUUGUCAAAUCUCUGGGAACGUAAUCGCGAACCUGUGAAGGUCCUUGCUCUGAAGGACGUCUCACAAGUAGAUAUCCUUGAGGAUUAUCAACUCCUAAUAGUUCUCGCAGGCAUUGACAUAUAUAUUUUAGAACGCCAAGUCAUCACAUUCCCACUCGACGCGUUGGAUCCUAUGGACCCAAUGUCUGGUCUCAAGCGCGCGAAACGGAUAGCCUCACAUAUCUCGUUCUUCAAAGCCGGAGUGUGUCUCGGCAAGACACUUGUUUGCGUUGUCAAGGCAAGCCCGCUGUCAAGUACGAUCAAGACUCUGGAACCGAUCGACCAGAAUGUUCGUGGGAGGAGUAAACCGACAUUUAGGAAGUUGCUUCAGGGCGGGAAUGAUACCCUCAAGGUGUUCAAGGAAUUCUAUAUUCCCGUCCAGUCGAGUUCCAUUCACUUCCUCAAGACGAAGCUCUGCGUUGGAUGUACGAAUGGUUUCGAGAUCGUCGACCUCGAGACGCUUGAUACCCAAGGUCUACUUGACCCUGCUGAUACCUCUUUGGACUUCGUGCGAAAACGAGAGAACCUGCGUCCUCUGGCUAUAUAUCGUAUCGAUAACGAGUUCUUACUUUGUUAUGAUGAAUUUGCUUUCUAUGUGAAUAAGACUGGUUGGAGGUCGCGGAAGGACUUUAUGGUCCAUUGGGAAGGUUCGCCAACAGGCUUUGCUCUCCAUUAUCCCUACGUCCUCGCUUUCGAGCCUACGUUCGUCGAGAUCCGACAUGUGGAGACAGGUUCACUGUCGCAAAUCAUUCAGGGCAACAAUUUGCGAUGUCUGUUCGCGGACACUCCCCCUUCCACCACGAACUCCGCGACCCAGACACAGUUUAACCCAUAUGCUCAAGGACAGGGCUACUACCAGGCGCCUUCGCCGACACAGUCGAUCAGCAGCCGCAACUCGUUGCAAAAUGGUUACGGAUCUCCAUAUACGAAUGCGAAUCCGUAUUAUGGGCGAGGUGGAAAUUCGUUUGGACGGGACGAGAUCAUCAUGUCCUCGGAUGACAGGGUGAUGAGGUUACAGUUGGCUCCGCCGGUGCAGCAGCAAUAGCAUGCAUGUUUCUUCUUCCGUUUGUGCUUUUUUCGUGUUCAUAUUUUCUUCGUUCGUUUGCUCUCCUCGCAACCCCCUACCUCCUCCUCCUCACGACCUUUUGAGCUAUCGCUAUGAUGGUCUGACGACUUGCAUCUUUCAUCAUUUGCUGUUUUUGUUUUGUUUGUUAACAUCCUAUUACAUGACAUCUAAGUAUAUCCUACCUGCAUCUGUAUAUGAAGCGCAUUGUUCUGAUACAAAUAUCUAACGUAUAGCGUGUGUAGCAUCUUUCUUUACUCCAAACUGUUUAGAGUCUGCCUCUG